UGACAGUUGCCCGAAAGGGCGCCAAAUCUCGCUCACAAGCUUGUUUUGUUGAUAAAUUUUGUUUGAGUUCAGUGCGGAAUCUAAUCCAGAAACAUGUCCUCCUCGCCCAAGCUAGAAGUGAAGCCGGAUCCGGACCGCGAGGAGCCCGAAGCCAAGAGAGGCCGCAUCGAAGGGUUGGACACGCUGGGGCCGUACAUCGCCGACCAGGACAAUGCCAAAAGCUACGUGUACCUGUCGGACAUUCCGCAGCUGUGCAAGGACGAGCCGUGCGUGCUGGGCGUCGACGAAGCCGGCCGGGGACCGGUGCUGGGUCCCAUGGUGUACGGCAUUGCGUUCAGUCCUAUCGACAAGAAGGACGUGCUUAAGAAGCUGGGCUUUGCUGACUCCAAGCAGCUUACGGAGGAAAAGCGCGAGCACAUUUUCGACGAAAUGAACAAACAGGACUUUGCCACCGAGAGCAUCGGCUGGGCCGUCGAAGUAAUCUCCCCAAAUGACAUCUCGAUGUCCAUGCUGCGCCGUUCCAAGCGCUCCCUCAACGAAGUCUCGAUGGAUUCGGCCAUCGGGUUGAUCCACAAGGCGAUCGAAGCCGGCGUCAACAUUGCCGAGGUGUACGUGGACACGGUCGGUCCGCCGGAAAAGUACCAGGCCAAGCUGAAGCUCAUCUUCCCGAACUUUAAGAUAACGGUCGCGAAAAAGGCCGAUAGCACGUACCCGAUCGUAUCGGCGGCCAGUAUCUGCGCCAAGGUGAGUCGCGAUCACGCGCUUAAGGUGUGGAAGUUCCGCGAGGGAACGGAUCCGGAGGUUAAAUUUGGCAGCGGAUAUCCGGGUGAUCCGGUUACGAAAAAGUUCCUCGGCGAUUUUGACCGGGUGUUUGGGUUUCCGCGGCUGGUUCGGUUCAGCUGGUCGACGGCGUCUAACGCGCUGGAUAAGAAGGCGUUCGACGUGGAGUUUGACGACGAAGAUGAGGAGCAGGAGAAGGCAAAGGCUACCUAUGGCAGUGAGAAGUUGUCCAAGUAUUUUGCGGCCGAUCGGAACGAGCAGCGAAAACGUCACGAGUACUUCCGCGAGAGGCAUCUGGAGCACGUGGCGGAGAUUUGAGUUUUUGUUUAAAUGUAUUAAAAUAAAUUAGUCUUAAAUUAAAAAAAAUAUCAAAAAAA